AUGGAUGGAAUGACAGAGGCUUGUAUGAAGGGAGGCAUCGAUGCGUGUUACUCCUCAGUUUCCUGCGCCUGCGCUCUUAUUGGCACACUGGAUGAACUGGCACAGGGUCGUGGCCUCCAGUCUGAGCAGGCUUCACUUCUUCUCAGAAGACUGGAUGACCUGAAGGAGCGAUCAUCAUCAACUCGGGAAUCCAUGGAGCUCAAUGAGGCUGAUUUUAGAUGGCAGAGACACAUCCUGUCCUCGGAGCAGCCCCUAUGGGACCCCAGUUCUUCCAACAUGACCACUGAGCACAGUCCUGACAUCAGCAUCAGCAUCACCACAGAAACGGGCCAAACCACUUUAGACUUGGAGACCGGGGACCUCGGCCUGGGUCAGGGUCACAUGAUUCCUGAUGAGUGUGGAGAGGAUGCUCGGUUCACUUCACCUUUUGUCUUGGGAGGACAGGAGGGCGUCAGCUGUGAGACGAGCCUGGAGCUCAGAUCUAAAGGUGACACAGAGGAGGGAAGAGAUGUUCUGGGGGAGGUUGUUGGUCAGGAAGCAAAAGGAAGAAGCAGUGGAGACCAAGGAGGUGGUCCUCCUGAUGUGGUUCAGAGGAGUCAUGCACUCGUCUACCCUGACAUCACCAACUUCCUGUCAGUGGAGUCCAGGACCAAGUCGCACCACGGAGGCUCACGGUACAGCGAGAGCAAUUUCAGCAGCAUGGAGGACCAGGACUUGUCCCGGACAGAGUUUGACUCAUGUGAUCAGUACUCAGUGGCUGCUGAGAAAGACUCUGGACGCUCGGAUGUGUCUGACAUCGGCUCUGACAACGUCUCUCUUAUCGACGAGGAGCAGCAGACGCCACACGUCUGUGAGGGUCACCGCUCCCUGCGCACCGCGGCCCUGUCCCUCAAGCUGCUCUGCAACCAGGAAUCUGACCAGCACAGUGCCAGGCUGUUUGUUCAGUCGCUGGCUGCGGCGCUGCCCCAGCUGCUGGGACUGACCACAGUCUCAGAGGUGGACCUGUCACUGCAGAACUUCUCCUCCAUGUUUUGCUCUGGACUGCAGGCUGGUAAGAAAGGGAGUGUUAGUUUCAGGGCAGACUGA